CAUGUAGCCUACACAUCCUCGUAUCGCCCGCGCGGCACCGUUGCCGUUUUCCCACACCUCCCUGCAGGCACACAGCCCGCCUGAAAACCGGCCGUCGCAAUAUUGGUUUGGGGGUUGAUGGCUGUUUGCAACCUGCCACGCCCCGGCCCAUCCGCGCGCGCCUUUGUCUCCCUUUUCUUUUCUGCCCAUUUUUGAUUCUCGACUGCUCUUGCGAAGAGGUUUCAGUGUUUCUUCAGCCCGUUCUUCGAGCAAGGCUUUUCACGGAUCACUCGUUCUAGCCGUGAACUUCUUUGCGUGGUUGAUCCUUUGCCUUGUUUUCCGGCGACGCCGAGUCCCUCACGCCAGCCGUCAGCUGUCAGCCGUUCUUCGCGAUACCUGCAACCUGCGUCGCCUUCGCUGGCAGGCGCCUUUCCUUGGAGCGCCAUUUCUACGUACUAGCCGAUUUGUGUGGUUUAAUUCCAUCGGCCCAUGAUUUUUUUUACGCCAUUUAGAUGUCUAGAAUUUGUUGAUCGUCAUCUCUCCCUCACUACCUCGACAUCCCGAAUCCCCGCCCCCGAUCGCCCCGAUGCAUAUCCCGUCGACCCUCCUGGGCCUGGCCCUCCCGAUCCUGUCGGCGGUCCAGCCCGCGGCAGCGCAGCAGCCCAACAUGAAGCGCGGGCUCUGCUACGUACCGAACAAGGACUACCCGCAGGACAACUACGUCUGGACGCGCCCCGUGUCGCCGCUGUCGUGGUACUACAACUACGGGCCCGAGCCGUCCGUGGUCUUCAACAACAUCUCGCAGGACAAGUUCGAGUUCGUGCCCAUGCUGUGGGGCGCGCCCAAGGACCCCUCGGACACGACCUUUCUCGACACGGUGCGCGACCUCAUGAACAAGAAAAAGGUCAACAUCACGCACGUCCUCACCUUCAACGAGCCCGACGGGCCCAACAGCUAUGGCGGCUCCGACGUGCAGCCGGCCUUUGCCGCGCGCGUCUGGAUCAAGAACAUAAUACCGCUGCAGGAGAUGGGCGUCAAGGCCGGCCUGCCCGCGCCCACGGGCGGCUGGGGCGGCAUCCCGUGGCUGAACCAGUUCCUGGGCAACUGCAGCAACCUCAUCAGCGAGGGCGGGAGCAAGAAGAACUGCACCUUUGACUUUGUCCCCAUCCACUGGUACGGCAACUUUGGCGGGCUGGCGUCCCACAUUGGCACAUAUGCCGCCGCCUUCCCCGGAAAGAAGAUGUGGGUGACCGAGUACAACCUCAACGACCAGCCGCUCGACCAGACCCAGGACUUUGUCAAGAUGUCGAUGGAGUACAUGGACCGCAUCGCCGACGUCGAGCGCUACAGCCUCUUCGCCGCCUUCCGCUCGCACAAGAGCAACGUCGGCCCCAACGCCAGCAUGCUCUCGGCCGGCGGCCAGCUGACCGACAUCGGCGCCAUGUACCUCGACAAAUCGGCCACGGGCGUCCUGCCGCAGACGGGCGGCACGAGCGACGCGCCGUCGGGCCGCUGCUCGUCCGGCGCGCUGCGCAAGGCCACCGUCAUCGCUGGCGUGGUCGGGAUCCUCGCGCUCGCGUUUUAGGGAACGGGGGGGCUGGGGUGUCUUGGACUCUGUCCCGUUUUGGGAAGGGAUGCGUCGUCCAAGCAUUGUCGGUUCUGGACCGACCGAUCGGAACUUGUGCCGCGCAGGGACCACGCUAUCAAGGAAGCGUGGACCAAGUCGCGCGGGUACGGCGGGGUCGCUGUUCAUGUACCGGGCCCUUGGUUCACUGUGCUCUAAUGUUUGAACACCUGUUUCAUUUCGUCUAUGGACAUGCUGCGCCAGCGCGAGCCAGCAACCUCGGCACUGUUUGGUUUCUUGUUUAUGAUUCUCCGUACAUGUCAAUAAUACACGACAGUUACGACCUUGGAAAUAUUUACUUCUUUACAGCA